AUGCAGCAUGAGGAUACACUUAUGAUUAAGAACUAUAAUGGACAACAUACGUGUGCAAGAGUCAUUGAAAAUAGCACGGUCAGGACCCCCUAUCUGACAGAGAAAUUUGCAAACCAAAUCAAGCUUCAUCCUGAUAUUUCUACAGAAUCACUUGCCCAGACAAUGGCUGCUAGUGUUAGAGCCAAAGUGUCUUUUCAGCAAGCAUAUAGGACAAAGAAGGCUGCACUUAAGCUUAUUGAGAGGUCUAUGAAGGAGCAGUAUGCAAGAGUGCAAGAUUAUGCACAAGAGCUGAAAAGGGUGGAUCCAAACACAACAGUUGACAUCAAAUGUGAUUUCAACAACCCUGAUCAACAGCCUGUUUUUAAAAGGAUGUAUAUAUGCCUAGGAGCAUUGAAGAUGGGAUUCAGGGCAGGUUGCAGACCUAUACUGGGACUAGAUGGAUGCCAUUUGAAGAGUGCAUAUGGUGGCCAAUUGUUGGCAGCAGUUGGGCUGGAUCCAAACAACACUACCUAUGUGGUAGCUUAUGCAAUGGUAGAGAUGGAGAGUAAAGACUCUUGGGAUUGGUUUUUGAGACUGCUGGCAAAAGACCUUAACAUCACAGGUGAAGGAAAUGGCUUCACCUUCAUAUCUGACAAGCAGAAAGGUCUUCUUCCUACAUGUGAAGCUGUUCUCCCCCUAGCAGAUCAUAGAUUUUGUGUUAGGCAUCUCUGGACAAACUUCAACAAGCUUUAUCCUGGAAAAGUGAUGAAAGACCAACUUUGGGCUAUUGCAAAGUCAUCAACUAUGUCAUACUACACUAAGGAGAUGGUGCUAAUGAAGCAGCUGGACCCCAAAGCAUAUGAUUGGUUAACUGAUCCUCAAAGAAACCCUAGGCACUGGUGCAGAUCUCACUUUCAAACUUUUUUGAAAUGUGAUGUGCUCUUGAACAACCUCUGUGAAAGCUUCAAUGCUUUCGUCUUACCUGCUAGGUCAAAGCCAGUUAUUUCAUGUCUUGAGGAUAUAAGGGUGAAAAUGAUGAAGAGGGUUGCAAUGAGGAAGGAGAAGAUGAGCAAAGUUGUCGACCCCAUCUGCCCCAAGCCUAGGCAAAUCUUAGAGAAGAACAAGGAAAGGUCUGCAUCUGAUUGCAUCCCUUAUGGUUCUGGCAGUCCCCAGAUUGAGGUAGAGAGCUGUGGAGGAAGCAGAUAUGUGGUUGACCUGACAAGAAGGACUUGUGCUUGUAGGAGGUGGGAUUUAACAGGUAUCCCUUGCAAGCAUGCCAUCUCAGCUAUACAUUUCAUGAGGCAGAACCCUGACGACUAUGUGGAUGCAUGCUACUUGACAAAGACCUAUAUGGAUAUCUACUCUAACACAGUAAAGCCUGUGAAUGGGAUGGACCUGUGGAUCCCUUGUGAUGAACCUACCAUCCUCCCACCACAGUAUAAUAGACAGCCUGGUAGGCCUAGAACCAAAAGAAUCAAAGAUGUAUCAGAGAGGGAAACUGAAGGCCCCAAGCUGGGAAGGGUUCAAAAGUCCUUGAAGUGUUCUAAUUGUCACCAGUUGGGUCAUAAUGUGAAGACAUGCCAUAGGCAUCUUCCACCAAAGGAAAAGCUAGGCAGCUAAGAAGAGAAAGCUUAACACAGGGGAGGGAUCAUCUACUGCAACUCAGGCUAAGGGUACUAGAAAGGCCCCAAAGACAAAGAAUGACCUUAGGGCAAAGGCAAGGUUAAGAGCUGUAGAGGCUAAGGUAAAAUGAGGGCUGCCAUGUUUGAAUUAUAUAUGUAUUGUUCAUUCUUCAGUUAGUUAUCUAAAUUAUUUUUCAUCUUAAAAUUGUUGAAAAAGAGGGAUGAAAAGAAGGCAGCAUCAAAGGCAUCAAUAGCUAUAGCAACUUCAACCAAGGGUAGACCACCAAAACCUCCGUCAAGCAAGGGUAAAGUUGCAUCCUCACAAGCUUCAUCCAGGCCAUAUGUGAGGAUACGAGACAAUUCGAAGAAAGCUGGCAAAUAGAAAAAUGGGACUAGAUGGGGUUAGCAAUGAAGGUUAGGAUCACAGAUGCGUAUGUUGCAAUUUUUUGUGCAACCUUGUGCUGUGUCACAGGGUUGCUAGUUCUAAUCUUUUGCUGGGAUGAUUAGAACUAGGACUAAAUGCAAGUUCAUCCAAACUAUAUUUUUGGUUACUUUGGAUGUAAAACAGAUUUAUGCAUCAUUAGGUUGCUAUUUAUGGUAAAAUUCUGGUUUAGGUAAUGUGUUUUCAAGUUUUGGUUCA